AUGUUCAACGCACCGCGACCGGUCCAGCCGUACGGUGGCUCGUCCACCAACGCCUUUGGUGCCAGCCUCGUCACAGAGAGCCCUCUCAUUCACUCCGUCUACGACGACGGUCUCGACCCCUGGAGUGCUGCUCCAAGUCCUGCUCCUCCUGCUUUUCCCUCGGCCUCCUUAGGCUUCAGCUCCGUGAUAGGCGACGCGACCGUUCCUCCAAUAUACAACCAAGCAUUCACUGCUGUCGAUCCCUCCAACUCGGGCGAGAUAUCCGUCAAUGCCCUAUCCCGAGUCCUCGGCACGUCCUCUCUAUCUGCUUCAACUAUUGAUAAGAUCGUCAGCUUGGUUAGCUCCCGCCCAAGAGUAUCCAAGCUCGAAUUCAUUGUCGCACUCGCCCUUAUUGCACUCGCUCAGACUGGGAAAGACGUGAGUGUCGAGCGCGUCGCCGCACUGGCGCAAGAGAACGCGCUCCCUGAACCCACGCUCGAUCUCACGUCUCUCAAUCCGUCUACUUCAGGUUUCGGGCAAUAUACUGACGCCGUGCGCCAUGUUCCUACCCGAGCAUACACCACAGAGGAUCCCUGGAGCGCUGCAAGGAUGUCAAGUGGUGUCGGUGUCUCAACUACACCAAACGGCAAUAACAGCCUCAACAACGGCGCGCCGUCCAGCAUAUCCGGGACGGGUCUGCCUAGAGAGUGGUGGAAAAAGCAAGAGACUGUGUACGUGAACGUGCUUGGGCAGCAAGGCUUCCUGUUAAACAGAUAUCUUGUGUAUGAAAUCUCUACUGACCGUGGAGCACCGGUACCGAGGCGCUACUCCGAGUUCGUCUUCCUAUGGGACUGCUUGGUGAAGCGCUAUCCAUUCCGACUCCUCCCAGCGCUACCUCCGAAACGGAUCGGACCGGACGAAAGUUUCUUGGAGCAGCGCAGGAAAGGACUGGCGCGAUUUCUCAACUUUGUCAUCAACCACCCCGUCAUCAAAGAAGACGGGCUUCUCACCGUGUUCCUCACCGAACCGUCCCUCGAGGCAUGGCGCAAACACUCGUCCAUCUCCUACGAAGAAGAAUCCGCCAGCAAGCGCGUUGACCGCGUCGAGGAGAUGAGCAUCCCGAGCGACCUCGAGGAUAAACUCGCUAUCGUCCGUGGCAAGAUCGGAUUCCUGAUCGAACACUGGCAGAAGAUCUGCAUGCUUGCAGAACGCGUGGUCAGGCGGCGCGAAGGCGAAGCGGCCGACCUUUCGCGCCUCACGAACACGGUCAAGUCGCUCGUGGAGGUCAACGCGCGGUGUUGGCGCGGCGACGAGUGCGAGCUUUGUGAGGGCGUCCGGCAGGGGUUCGUCCAGGUCGCAGUCCACACGCAAAAGCAGGCGGACACGCUCGAACAUCGAUCGCGGUCGAUGCUCUAUUCCACCCUCGAAGCUCUGAAGGGCCAGCGCGACUUGUACCUGGCGAUGCGCGACCUGUUCAUUCGCCACGACCGGCUGUCGGUCGACCAAGUCGAGCGCCUAAAGAAGAACGUCGAGAAGAACUCGCUCAAGCUCGAGGGCGUGCGGCAAGCGCAGAAGGAGGGCUGGGAGCACGAGGCGGACAGGAUCGCCGGCCUUGUCGAGAAGGACCAGGCGUCUAUCGGUGCGCUGCUGAACCGCCGCGUCUUCAUACGCGCGUGCAUGUGGCACGAGCUGCGCGUGGUGCUGCACAACCGCGAGAAUGCGCUCGUCACACAGGCCGUGCAGGCCUUUGCGCGUGAGGAGACCGACUUUACGGAGGGCGUAGUGGCGAAUUGGGCGUCGAUGGUGGAGGACGUGGCGGGCAUGCCUUUCGAGUGA